ACAACAAUAAAGACACCAUAUUUGAGAAACGAAUCAUCAUUGUGUCAUGCAGUGACUCCCAUAGAUGUUUUCCCAUAGCCAAUAGUUGCGUUGGUUGAAGUCAAAUUGUGAAGACAGUAUACUGUAUACGGUAUAUCUAAUUUGUCUAUGAACAGGUUGGAGCGCAUGACUGAGGAGUUGUCUAUAAAUCUGCGCGUAAAUGGAAGAGGGCUGGGUGUGACUGAGGCCAGGCUACCGUCUGUGAGGCCCUAGCUAGAGAUGGACAUUGAGGUGGGCAUCCUGGAGGAGGACAUGGAGGGCUCGUGGACCUUGCUGUCGUGGCUGGCCUCCUGUGUGAUGGUGUUUGGAGGGGCCCUGCCUUACGUGCCUCAGUACCAGGAGAUCCAGAGGAGCAGCAACACUGAGGGAUUCUCCACCCGUGUUUGCCUGCUGCUGCUCAUCGCCAACAUCCUACGCAUCUUCUUCUGGAUAGGGAAGCAGUUUGAACUGACUCUGCUCCUCCAGAGUGUGGUGAUGAUCAUCACCAUGCUAGCUAUGCUCCACCUUUGCUGCAACAUCCAGCAAGCCAAUCGGAUCAGCACCAACCAGCACCACUUCACAGAUCUCGACCUGCGCUACUUCUGGAGCUGGAGUGCAUUUGAGGACUACCUGCUAUUCUGUUUUGCCUUCACGGUGCUGUGUGCCUUCCUCACCCUUCUCCUGCUGGACUCUGUGUUGUUCGUGGAGGGCCUGGGCUCCCUGGCCGUGCUGUUUGAGGCCAUGCUGGGGGUGCCACAGCUUCUGCAUAACUUCCACAACCACUCCACCCGCGGCAUGAGCCUCUACAGUGCAGACUGACCUUUGCUGACCUACACAUUCGUGUACAGUGAAGACAACAGACAAUGGAAGCAUCACUCAGCAUUUUGAUCAAAGGAGAGUGAAUCAAGCAGGUUUCUGAUGUUAAAUACAGUAUCUUUGAAUCAACUCUCAACUUAAGUUUGAUAAACAUGCAAUACAAAUCAGCAGAACAGUGAAAGCAAGUCUCAGCUGUUUUAAGUUAAUAAGAAACGGUUUAGCCUUCGAUACUGCACUUGUAUUUUUUUACACACCAUGAUAAUUUAGCAAAUAUCUCAUCUGCAUGACAACAUGGACUCAGGCGAAACUCACAGUAAACACAUCUAUAGAAUCAAUCUACAAUAAAGCCUUCAAUUGCUUUUCAGCAGUCUGUCUUCAGUUCAAUGGUAAUCAUUCUCACUCCAAAUGUUCUUUGAAUAAGUUUUGCUGUGGAGAUAGCUGCUGUGCUCCUCUUGAGGGUAUUAGCCUGCACUGCUGAUGUCCAGGCAGCGCUCUGCCUGAUCAAUCAUUGUUUUGCUGGCCACUUUACUCUGUUCCUUGAUUGUUUAUCUGCUGUUCUCUUUUGCUCCUCAGACGUUCUGUUGUGUACUGAUUUCAGAUUGCAUUUAGGAAACAAUGAUACUGUUGAGUCCUGGCAUCAACUUAUUGAUGUGCCUAUCUUUACGUGUGGACAACAGAUGUUGUUUUCCCAAAUGGGGAUCAAAUCUAAAUCUAAAUGACGUUUUAUUUGUCAGAUGCUUUGUAGACAACAGGUGUAGACUAACAGUGAAAUGCUUUUACUCAUGGGUCCAUUUCCAACAAUGCAGAGUUAAUGACAAGAUACAAAUAUAAAUAGUGACGCAAGAAAGAAAUACACAGUGAAUAACAAGUAGAAAAUAACAUGGCUAUUUACAGCGAAAAUGACCUUAAACAUUUAUAAAAUGGUGGAUAAUCAUUGUUCUUUGUCAUAGCUUGC